AUAGUUCAGACAGUAAAUAUUUGGGUUUUCACUGCGGACUGUGCUGUCUCCAUGGUCGAUGAGAGGAAAGGCUAGUGCAAGGGAGAAUAACCUCAAGGACUGAGCACCAACCCAAGGGGAAAGGUUUAGAAUAGCCCGCUUCUGCAAAUAUGGAUGAUCUAAAGCACCAAGUUAUGAUAAAUCAGUUCGUCCUGACUGCUGGAUGCGCGGCAGACCAAGCGAAACAGCUUCUACAAGCGGCACAUUGGCAGUUCGAGACUGCAUUAAGUGCCUUUUUUCAAGAAACCAAUAUUCCAUACAGUCACCAUCAUCAAAUGAUGCACACUCCAGCCAACACACCAGCAACACCUCCCAACUUCCCAGAUGCCCUGGCCAUGUUCUCCCGCCUCAAGGCCUCAGAGAGCUUCUACGGCAGCAGUCCCAUAGCCUCCAUGGCGACCUCUCCUCCUCAGGUCAACUGGGCCAUGGGCCCUUCUGCUCCAGGUCAGACCCAGCAGGGCCUGUGGACUUCUGGGCAACUGCCCUCUCAGGUGCCUCCCCGUGGGUGGCCCCAAGCCGUCACUCAGCAGGCAUCCAGUGAACAGGCCAGCGUCACCAUGGAGGCAGAGAGAUGAGAGCACUGCAGGGGCCUCGCGAUAACAAGAGGAACCAAUAUCGGGCAGUCCUCUUUGAGUUGUCUGUAAGGGAAAGCAGAAAACCAAGCGAUGUUGUGGACAUGCACUGAGGACAGGAAGGAGGAAUUAUGAGCAUACAGCUGAUGAACAUUCACAUGACGCCACAUUGUAAAAAUCUGCAGACAAUUUUAGCUAGGCAUACGUUUCAUUUAGUUUCCAUUGAUCUGAAACCAGAGACAAAGAUGGACUUGUAUGACUAGUGCCGAAGAAGGAUCUUCUUGUUGUACACACCGAUGUGUAUGACAGUGUCAUCAUCUUUCCUUUGUCUUUCUGGAGUGGUGUCAAUGGACUGGAUGCCUUUGAUACUGGGGGUGUACUGCAUAAAUAACAUCAUUCUUCUUGAUUUUUUAACCAGUGUAAGUGUGUGAAUAUCAUGUGUUCUAGUAUUCUAAUGUGCUUAGAAACCAACUUGGAUCUGCUUUUUCAAACAUUGGGUAAUGACAUUGACUGUCCCACUCACACAAUCAAGGAACACCAGCUAUCCAACUAUGUUUAAUAAGCAACUUUACAAACUGCUCCUCUUUAUGUCUUAUGUCUGCAUUGAAUGCUAAAGGAUGUUAUACUUCAAUCAUUGUUCAGUGUUUUUUGUAUGAUUUUGUUUUCAGCAACUAGUGUCAGAGGAUAAGUGAGAUAAAGGUUUCUGUCAGAGUGAGCCAUCUUGCUUGAUAUUCCAGCUGUGCACCAUCUCUAAGUAGCACACAGAUAGUUUUUGAUACAGUGUUGUCGUUGCUUAAGAUGGAAAUCAGCAUAUUAGGGGAAAAUAAUAAAGAGGGAAAAUAUAUUUUUAAAAAUAUAUAGAUUUAAAAAAAUAAAAAAUAAGAAAAAACCCAGCAUAUUUGGUGAUGCUGUCUCAGGAACUCUCGGCUCAAAAAUGUUUCGUCUAGGCACCUGAUCAUCUUUUUUAUUUUGUACAAUGGAAUGAAAAUUGCAAUUGAAAGGAACUGAUACAUUCAGGGAAGGACUCAUCCAAACGUUUUCUAUUCUACGAUCUGUUAAUCUGAUAAUCACACUGUAGUUUUGCUUUGCACAUCGGUUGCGUGAACACACGCCUGUUCCUCGAUGUUUUCCAUGAGACAGCUACAACAACAAUUUUGUGGAUUACCAGACAAUUAACUUAAUUAUUUUGUGCUUCUGAAUAAAUAUUGUAUGUAUUACACUGCAUUAGA